AUGAAAAAAAAAACGCCAAAAUUUUUUCAAACUCAAUGGUUACUAGAUCAAAUUCCGAUUUUCAUGAAAUUUUCCUUCACACUUUCAUGUAGACUUCAACAAUUUUCAUCAAAGUUGGAAGAGAAAGAAAAAUGCUGGCAAUUUAACAACAAAACCAAGUCGACCGUAGGAAAAGUAAAAUCACUGCAUAUCAAGUCCAUAAAUAAUAAUACGAGUAAAGUUAUGAAUGGAAUUUCGUGUGCAAGAAGGCACGCAAAAGAUGGGAAUGACCUUGAACAUGACUUGUACACGACAUAA